AUGAAUAACGCCAGCCACAAUAGCAGUAGUCAGUUACAUGUUCAUUAUCAAAACAGACCAGACGUAAUAACUGGAAAUCGACGACCGCGACCUUCAAGCGCACAACAGCAGCAACAAUAUCGUUCAGUGACUCCACCACCGAAACACAAUGGUCAUACAUCAUCGUCUCAAUUAAAUACAACAUCAAAACUCGACCAAUCAAUUCUCCGUAAUGAAACAGAUUUAAACAAAAGUAAUACAAGUAUUAUUAACAAUAAUAAUCGCUCAUUAAACAGUAAGGGAAAGAAUCGUCUAUAUAGUACAUGGACACCAUUGCAAGAUGAAGAAACAAAUGCCAAAUUUGAUAAGUGGACAGACGAACAACGACGAUUUAUUCUAGACGAACUGAUGACUCAAUGUCGACCAAAACAAUUGACAUUUACACGAAAUUUAUUAACUAAAAAGUUCCCAGCGCAACAUCAAGAUUUUACUCGUUUAUUUCCACGUGUGCUGUCAUUGUAUAUAUUUAGUUUUCUCGAUCCAAGAAGUCUUUGUCGUUGUGCACAAGUAAGUUGGUUCUGGAAGUUUUUAAGCGAAAGUGAUCAACUUUGGAUGCCCAAAUGUUUACGGUUUGGCUGGACACCUCAUCAAACUCCAUCACCGCACGAAAGUUGUAUUUGGAAACGUGUUUAUGGAUCAAAUAUUCAGGCAUUACAAACAAUGCCUAUACGAGUAGGUUAUGAAAGUGAAUAUCGAAUAUCUAAGGCUGUAUUUCUGUUUUCUUACAGUCAACUGCACAUGCAGUAUCAGGAUAAUCAACUGUACAAUACCCAUCGAUCUCAUAGUGCCUUACUCGACAACGAUCAAGAUAAACAAAAUCGUUCAAAUUUAUCAUCUCGUCAAAAUACAAAUCGCCCAAGCUCUGGUCGAAAUUAUCAUUCCAAUCACUCGUUGUUGAAUACAAGUAUUGGUGGUACCAGUAGCAAUAAACAAAAAUAUAUUCAGCCACCAUGGCGUGCAAAUAGCCGAUUUCCAACGGAUACACUACGAUUUAAUUAUUUAGAUAAUGAUGAUUCAGUUUUGGAAACAUUAAUAGCUCGAAAACAUAAAGAUGUUCAUCAAAAUUUUAACACAUCAACAGCGCAUGAAUCAGAUCAUGAAAAAGAUGGAAGACGUAGCCGUACUAAAGAUGAAAAUAAUUAUAGUUAUAGAGAAAAGAGACGAAGUCAAUCACUGAGUGCUCCUGGUAGUCCUUCUCCAAGGUCAAGACCAUAUCACGAUAAAACAUCAGGUGAACGAGAAUUUGGCACUUCAACAUUAACUGGAAAUUAUUCGUUUCGUCCACAAUCGACGAUAGCUAAUCGUCCUGAUCUUCCUCGACCUCCAUCAUCUCAAAAAGUAAAGUAUUCACCAUCAAAAACAUUCGGGAUGGAAACAUCAAAUCGAAAUUGGAGUACAAUAAAUGACGAAUAUGACGAUUACUGA